AUGCAUACUUUUUCAACUCUUGCUGUUCUUCUGUUGACAUAUAUUGUUGCUUCGACUUCAGCCUUCACAAUCGUCUAUCCGUCGUCAAAAUACUAUGUCGCGGCAAACACCACUUGUUAUAUCAGAUGGACCUACAAUGCGAGUAGUGACCCUGAUCAUUUCAGCAUUGAAUUAGAGUAUCCUAAUGAACCCCCAUAUGCUAUCGCAACAACUGUAAACUCUUCACUUGGUAUGAUCAAUUGGACUGUUCAAGAAGUUCCGCCGAGACCUGGUUAUGACAUCGUAUUCGUAAAUAUCGGAGACAUCAAUCAAAGGUACGCCACGUCAGAAAAAUUCGAAAUAAAGGGUCUCGGAAACUCAUCGAGUGUAUACCAACCACCAUCAACAGCAAGCACCGAUAACACAAACAGCAGCGCUCCAGACAGUAAAAACUCUACCAACAAAACAUCCGACGGAAGUAGUUUAUCGACUAACGCUCGGUCAUUGUUUUAUUCGUAUCAAAUGGCGUUGAUUGUUAUUGGUGUUGUUAGUUUCGUUGGUUAUUUCAAUGGCUUUUAA